AUCAUUUCCUGUUCUGAGGCUCCCUGUGGCUGAUCCCCUCCAUUUCGGCUCCUCUGGCCAGCCUGGAUUGUGAGCGUCAGUUGGAGAAGUUUUGCAAGUGGAUCUCCAGCAUCUUAGAGGAGAAGAAAACCUUUCUUAGUGCUUGUGGAAGCUGAACUGGUGCUGUCCCCUUUGUGAACAACCCCUUGGGUGCUGUGGAAGGAAAGGAGUUGUGCCUGCUGCUCUCUGUGAGGAGAUCUGCAGCCCCAGGGAUGCAGCGGUGCCGGCAGGACGGGCAGGAGCGGGCGGAGGCUGAGCUGCAACAGGGGCUGAGCCCAUCCCAGGGACUGAGCCCAUCCCAGGGACUGAAGGAGGCUGCAGCUGUGCUGGCGCUGAUGGAGGAGCACGAGGAGCCCCUGCUGAACCACUCCGUGGCCUUCACAGAGCACCUGUGCCAGGAGCUGCAGGGGCUGGAGGAGGCCAACCUCCAGGCCCUCCUCUGCUCGGAGCAGGAGGCGGCCCAGCUGAUGAGCUGCCUCGACGAGGCGCUGGCCGAGGUGGCCCGGGUGGAGGAGACCCUGCAGCUCUGCCAUGAGCUGCUGGGGGGUGUGAGGCAGCAGAUGGAUCACAUCCACCGGGAGAACUCCCUGCUGCACCGCCUCGCUUCCAACAGGACCCGGCUGAUGGAUGAGCUCCUGCUCCUCACGGGCCAGCUGCAGCUGAGCAGGGAGCACCGCGCCGCCCUGUGCCGCGCGGAUCUGUCCAGCCCUGCAGCCAUCGGAGCCUGCACGGCUGCAGCACGGGCCCUGUCCUCCUGCAUGGACCUUCCCAUCCACCCCAGUUACCGGAAGCUGCAGGCAGUGGCAGAGCAGCUGAUCCUGUUUGAAACCCUCAAGCAGAACUUUGAGAGCUCCUUCAUCAACCACAUCACAAACAUCUUUGAGCUGCAGGGCAAUUCCCAGGCCCCUGCUCCUGGUGUCCCAAGCCACAGGCCCCACCACGAGGAGCUGCUGCCCUACAGCCCCCUCAUGGCCUGGCUGAGGAGCAGCAGCCCUGCUCUGUUCUGGGACCUGCCCAAGGUGUAUUCCCAGAACCUCGGCAGACUCUACGAGCGGGAAAUCAGAGCCCUUUUUGAACAGGCCAAGGUCUCCCUGUCAGGGAGAAGGAAAGGAAGUCUGCAGGACACUUGGGAGAAGCCAAUGGGGACCAGGCAGCCCCGGUGGAGCCUCUCCAGGAGCAGGGAAAGCCAGGAGGACACCCCAGCCAGGGGGAACAUCCACAGGGUGUUGCAGCAGGUGCUGAGCGAGCUGCAGCCCCUCUGCACCUCGGAGCAGCAAUUCCUGCAGGAAUUCUUCUGGCUCGGCUGUGACUCCGUGGAGCUGCAGGCGCUGGGGGGAUCUGCCACUAAGGGAGGAGAGCCCAUGGCACCUCCAGAGGAGCCUCCUCGCACCAAGAGCCGGAGCCAGCCAGAAGAAGCCAUAACCCAACUGCUGAGUGAGAUCUUCAGCUGCCUGGAGCCGGAGCUGAGGGCAUUUCUGGAUGUCUGCAACAAGGUUCACCCACUGGGCUGCCUGCAGGUCCUGGUGGCCUUGAGUGACUCCGUGUUUGGGACCUGGGGCCCUUCCUCAGCUCCCCCCUCGUCCUUCCUGCACGCCCUCCUGGGGAAUGUGCUGCUCCUGGCCAAGAGCAACUUCAACAAAUGCAUCGGGACCUUGUGCAAGGAGAUGGAGGAGGCCAAGACUGCCAGCAGGACGAGAGGGGGGAUCCUGCCCUGUGUCAGCCGCUUCCAGGAGUUCGUGGCGCUCUCUGAGGAGGUGUUCCAGACAUCCCAGCGCCGGGGGGAGCUGGACAAGGCCCAGCUCAGGCUGGCCAGCAGCGUCUUCAGCAGCAUCAACAGCCUCUCCUCAGCAAACCUGAAAGUGAACACGGAUAUGGUGAUGAUGGAAAAUUUCCACCACAUCCACAACUUCCUGUGCCAAAGGAACAUCCCCUGCCUGGAGGGCAAGAAGAGAGAAGCCAAGCAAAGGUCCAGGGAGCAUAUGGAGAAAUACGUCACCAUGUACGUGGGCCAGCCCCUGGAGAGGCUGAAGCAUUUCUUCGAGGGGGUCAAAGCCCGCCUGGCUCAGGGGGUGAAGGAAGAGGAGGUCAGCUUCCAGCUGGCCUACAGCAAGCAGGAACUCCGGAAAGUCAUUGAAAAAUAUCCUGGCAAGGAAGUCAAAAGGGCCCUGGAGAGCCUCUACAGGACAAUCCACAAACAUCUGUCCCCAGAGGAAAAUCUUCUGCCGGUGGUGUGGCAGGCCAUGGAGCAGGGAUUCAUCCGGCAGUACCAAGAGUUUGAGGAGCUCAUCCAACGCUGCUACGCAGGAGCAGGGAUUGCCCUGGACUUCACCAUGGAGGAUGUGCUGAGCUAUUUCAACUCCAUCACCAUGUCCAGCAUGUAGGGAAAUUCCUCUCUGGAUGUCGGGAGCAGCUCAGGAAUCCUUGUCUGCAGCCACACCUCCAAGGAGCUGAACACAAAGCCAUUCCCAAGUAGGAUAUUUGGGUUCCUACCCUGAACUUAAUCCCAAAGUCCCUCUGACUUGUUGGUCCUGCACUAAAUCUCUCUUGAGGAAGUGGAGUUGAUGGACCCAAACCACAACUUCCCUGCUCCAGGAAACCAUUUUGCCACCAGGAAAUGACACUCCAAGCCUCAGAUUUCCCCGAGUGAGCACUGGUGCCGCAAUCCUCAGCAGAACAUUCACAAUGGAAAAAUGUCUUCUCUCCAGGGACUUUCUCCUUUUCUGUGCUCGAAUUUCAGUGACCUGUGCUGAACCAGGGUGUUGAACCACAUGGAGACGCUCUGAGUGUGAGGUGUUCCCACAUCCAGGUAUCCCAACAGGCACUGCUGCUCCAUGGCUUUCCGCUGAAAGUCAUCCAGCAGAUGAAAGUCCAGAGCUGUAAAUAUUAAUGGAUUUAUUGCUUUUAGCUCAGAUUUACUCACAUCUUAACUGGAGUGGAGAAAUGUGCAGUUCUAGAGAUCCAAACUGAUCCUGCAGGGAAUUGCCUGCUUUUAACCCGUUUUUGUAGGAAUCUUCCUACAGCAACUCACCAAUAUAUUGUCAUUCUUCAAAUGUUGUCUCUGUUUCUUGGGAUGAUCAUGGGGCUCACAUAUUUUCUGUCACAAACUUCUUCCUAAACAACUGCAGAGUUUGAACUCCUUGAUAUUUGCUUCACAGAACAAAGAUUAUUUUAUUUAUUUUGUGUGUCAGGAAAUUAUCUUGGAGGCAAGAUUCCCUGUGCAUUGCCAGGGAGGUGGGAGGCUGCCGUGGCUGCUUGGACAGCCCCUCUUCUCCAGGGAUAUCCUGGCUUC